AUGGAUAACACUGAGAAUAUUGUAAACUUGAAGAAACAAUUAGGUGAUGAAGUUGUUGUAGUUAUGGUUCCAUUUCAAACUCAAAUUCAUCUUGACCCUUUUCUCCAAUUUGCUUGCCUAAUCUCUUCUUAUGGUCUCUCUGUUCACUAUCUUAGCCUACCUACUUACAAUCACGACACUAAGCCUCGUGCCACCGCGAUAAGUCCUUCCGAUUUAGCCAAUAUGCAUUUUCAUGACCUCCAAAUGACUACUACUCCACUCGACCCUGAUAUCCCGAGUGAAGAUAUUUCAUCUUUCGAUAAUGCAGAGUCCUACAUCUUUAACCCUGUAAUUUCAGCUUUUGGUAUGUAUUGCGAUCACAUAUUUCCUCAUGUGGGAUUGCCUAUCCCGCUUGAACAACAACUACUUCAAAGGCUACCAUCCUCUCGAGGAUGGUAUUGCGAUGAAAUCAUGAGGAUAGCAUCUUUUCAAGUUCAGUAUAUAGGGAAUAGCUCCGCGGGUGAUAUUCAUAAUACAAGCAAAGUAAUGGAAGGUACUAAUACUUUUAUCGACUUGCUUGGAAUUGGACAAAACAAGUAG